AUGGAUGCGCCACGCGAUCUCGAAGCACAUGCCCAACAUCCCGAGCCUCCUCCGCGAUACGACGACUAUGGUGGUGGGGACGAGUAUCCCUCUGAAGACGAACUAUCCGACCGUGACCUGCACCUCUUGAAUACUGAUUACGACCUGCAAAGAAACCUCUCCUUCCAUCCUGCCCUCCAGCCGCAUAGUCAGCAAUACAAUUUCUCCAUCCCGCCAAGGUUGCGAGGAAACAGUAAUUCUGCGGACGAUAUCCACGCUCUGUCUGAGAAGUACCAGCCCAAGAUAUAUGAGUGGAAGGGGGGGUCACCGGUACCUCCUCGGACUACUUUGCUGCAUAAGAAAGACAUGUACAACGGAGGCUUGAGUGACAAUGAGUACAGAAUAUCCCAGCGUGAUGCUCGGGCUUAUCAACCGUAUCAAAAGCGACGACCUCUCAUCGAUCUCAUCCGCAAUGAGUGGAAAAAUAAUUCAUACACGCCAUCCUCAUCCUCUCCCGGAUCUCCAGGUUACUCUUCUCCCAAUUGGAUACAAGUAUGUUCAGCACCACGAGUUCGGCGAUAUGUGCUCCUUCUGUUCAUGCUGCUGAGCUUGAUAUGGGGGAAUUGGCAUUACUGGGCAGGCCCUUCGUGGACCGAGCACCGGCUCCUAAGCCAAUCGUUGAAUCAGAGGAUGAAGACGGGGGAGGGUUGGUUUGGGGAGAACUUGAGGCCGGAAUUCCUGGACAUGGUCCAGGUGAAGACGCUAGAUCAAGAUCUUAUCCCGGCUAGAGAAGACCGGAGGAGGUUGGUUGUUAUCGGAGAUGUGCAUGGUUGUAGUGAUGAACUGGAGAACCUGCUGGCAGAAGUGCAAUACGAAGCCAGGACCGACCAUCUGAUCUUCGCCGGCGACUUCAUCUCGAAAGGCCCGUCUUCUCCAGCUGUCAUCGACCUUGCCAUUUCAGCUCACGCUUCUUGUGUCCGCGGCAACCACGAAGACCGUGUUCUCCUGGCCUACCGCGAUCUGUAUUCUCAUCGUUUAACCCAAGAGCAAAAGGGCAAAAAGGCGCCAUCACCGCCCGCAGCUGGCAUGCCCGAAGACAUGAGGCAGAACGACAGCGAAGAUGAGGGCGAAAAUCUAGAAAAGCAAAGCUUUUCGCAUGGUGAUGCCGUUGAUCGGCGGCUGGCCGAAUCGUUCACAAAGAAGCAGAUCGAUUACAUGGCUUCUUGCCCCGUGAUACUAGGUGUAGGCCAGAUUAAUGGCCUGGGCGAUGUCCAUGUUGUACACGGUGGUCUGGUGCCUGGUGUGCGUUUGGAAAGACAAGAUCCCAUGGGCGUGAUGCACAUGAGGACAAUCGAUCUUGACACCCACGUCCCGAGCAGCAGCGCGAAGGGAACACCGUGGUUCAAACUAUGGAACAAGUAUCAGUCCCUCAUCUCUUCGCACCAACGUUCCACUGUCAUCUAUGGCCACGACUCCCGCCGCGGCCUACAAAUCCAGAAAUAUAGCAAAGGACUGGACACCGGUUGUGUCAAAGGUGGGAAGCUGUCUGCGCUGAUCAUCGACGCCGACGUAGCGGCAAGGGAGCCCAAGGUGAUGAGUGUACAAUGUAAAGAUUACCGGGAGCCCGAGGAAAGAAAGGAGGCCAAGACGUGA